AUGGACCCCUGGAUUCGGAUGAUCCAGAUCUUGUGGAGUGUUCUAUCCCAGGAAGAUGGGGCCAAAACAGACACCCUGGCAGAAAUGGCCAAGGAGCCGUACAUGCACAUUGGUUACGAGUACCAGCUGCACCGUGCCACCAUGCCAAGAAGUGGCGAAGGUGACCUUUGGUUGAACUAUGAAGGACAGCCCAAAAUCAGCCUGCAGGGUGUUGCGCAGUCUCCCAAGUUUGGAAAAGGCACCAUCCGAAUCUUGCUGGACUCUGCGACCAAGACCAUGUACGUUCGCAUCGAGUUGGCGAAGCUGCAUCGGGAGCCUUGGGUCGAGGACAUUCUAGGCCAAGCCAAGGACCAAUGCUUGAAGUAUCCAUUUCCAGCUGGAACUGAUGAAAAAGAUCAGAAGCGAUUGCAGACCUUGAAAGUGCGUCAAGAGCGCAUCCAGAAGGUGGUCCAUGAAGAAGAAAAAGACUGGGAAACCGGGAAGGUCACCCAACUUUUGCCGUGGACAGACAGAUAUCGAUUAGGUUUUGUCACCAAGCACAACUCCGACAAAUUGCUGGGCGUGACCUUGCGACAAGGAAAACGAGUCGUCAAGCAGGUGGACUUUAUCGAACGGGAUGCGAGUGAAGCGGCGUCCGAUCGAGAAGUUUUUCAGCCUCCUUCAUCAUCAUGUCUCUCACCUACGGAGUACCAUGAUGUGGUGGGCGAGAUUGACCUGAAACCACCGCAUCAGAGAUCUUCUGCCUUGAACGACCUCCUAUUGAUGUUGUCGAGCCAGGAUCCCAUCAAGGACUGGACUUUGCCAGUCCUGUUGCUUCAGAGCUGUUUGCUACCUGGAGACAUUGCUGUGAUGCUUGAAGAUCCUGACCCUCCGCAGAUUGAGCGUUGGCAUCACAUCGCCUUUGACUACUCCGCAGUCGCGGCCAGUCCCGCGGGCCAUGUGAGUCGAAGUGAAGGAACCAUAUGGAUCAACAUGGAGAAUCGCGCCUUCCGGCUGAACGGAAAUGCGAAAAACACCAAAGUGGGUGAACUGCAUAUUGAUUUGUUGGUGCAUGGUGCAGAAAAUCCAACCAUCUACGCCAACAUUGUGCUUGAAGAUGAAUCUGAACACGAGUGUCAGCAGUUUGACUAUCCGACCUUGACGGAUGAUCCAAAAGAGGAGCUGGAGGUAUCUGCGAAGCAUCCCUUGCAGUUCUUCUCCAUCAGUGACGUCGAUGGUGAGGACGUAACCGCAGACUGCGGCAUUUUUAUCGCUCCCUUGGCUCGUGGUCGCUGGCUCCAUCUGUGGGUAGAUAUGGAGUCGGACAACCCGGAUGCUUUUCUGAGGUCAGAAAUUCAUCAUGAUGGCGCGGUUUUGCGCUCCACGAAGGUCUUGAAAUGGAGAACUGGCGAAGAUGUCCCAGUGCAUGUCGAGCCCAAAGCAGCCUGGCAUUGCACAGCUGAUGAAUCCUCUUCGCGCUUCGCGGCAUUGGAUAUCCGUUCGAUGCAUCAGAAGUCUAUCCAGCUAGAGGAUGCGCUCUAUUCCCUGCGGGAGCUCUCACCUGAUUUCUCGGUGCGGGAGAUUUUGGGCCUCACUGGCGAUCUGGCCAUCGUCGUAAAAGUCCCAUUGGCUCCAGCACUGGGAAUGCUUAGAGCUGUGACCUUCAACUUUGUGACCACCUUUGACGGCGAAGGUGACGUCAGCGGCAACUUUGCCUUGGACGGGCGCAAUGGCCGAGUUCGUUUGGCAGCGACCGACAAGUCAGGCACUCGAGUGACUUUGGCCUUGGAUGUUGGCAAAGCGGUCGCAGUGAAGAUUCAGAAGCCACAACAGCCGGCCAAAUGCCUCAAGCUGCCUUUGCCACACUCAGAGAUAUCGGACUUGUCAGCCUUGCCGGCUCUUGGAACAGGCAUCUUCCAGAAGGUGGAGGCUCUUGGAAAUCAGGAGUGUAAUCACUUCCAAUAUGCCAGUGCUAUUCCUGAUACUGGCACGGAUUCUCUUGAUCUUUGGUACAGUGAGGAAGAUGAUUCUAUCUGCCAGAUCGAUCUCCAGAGGCUGCCUGAAAUGAGCACAGUGCGCAUGAAAGUCAUGAGCUACAUGAACGAGUUCAUGCCGGAGGUCAGCCUCUUCAGCGACUUUCAUGGCGACGAGGAUGAAUGGUCCUGCGAUACUACGAGCAGAAGACCUUGGCUCCACCACGGAGCUAAGCUGUCUGCUAGCAAAGCUCCAACCUCUGCAACUGUUGCAAGUAUGGUAGAGGCGCUUGGCAUGCUCGGUGUGCUCCCAAGUCAGGCCGCAUCUGUUCUUGGAUCUCUGUCUUGGGAUGAAGCUUUGUCCUUGAGGACCUCAACCUCGGGGUUGACACUUGAACGUCAAGAGCAUGGAGCACCUUCAUGCUGCAUGGAAGAUGGACUGCAGGUCAAGACUGGUCUAGCGUCUCCUUUGGUGAAAGCUGUGAACGGUGAACAGCAAUGCUUUGGCUCAGAUACAAAGACUGAACAGGAAUGGAUCAAUCAAUUUGCAUCUCUCUUGGCUGAUCCUCAUAGUCAAGUGCUGGGAGUGUGUUUGACUGACGGCUUCUACAAGCAGCAAGGCGAUAGCUCCGCAGAUUCGAGCGAAAUAUCCAGCAGUGAUGACGUGAUGUCACCUUUGCUGACCAGCUUCGGCUUCAGCUUUGAGUCCAUCCAUCCGCUGCACGGCUUCUCAACAGCCCUCGGUGGACAAAAGGUCACUGGGGAAGUCAUGCGCAGCAGACACCACAGCCACGGCGAGAUCCGCGUGGAUUUGGAGCAUCGCAGGCUGUACCUCCGAAGCACCACCAAAGACUUUUCCAGUGGAAUUCCGGAGGUCACCAGCGAAAUCAUUUACAGGGGCGACAGAAACCAACUAUGGGCGCGAUUCCGGCUGAACGCGAAAGAGCAGUGCUGGCAGAUUGACACCUCGCAGGCGCUAGGAGGAGGGGGUCGUGCUCCAAAUCCCUUUCGCCGUGGCAAGCUCUCUGGGCACAGCACGAUUCCUUACACUUCCCAGGCAGCACAGAAGUAUACCUUCUUCGUCGCGCCUGAGAAGCGGGUGGACAUCUUCGUUCGGGAUCACACCUUGGGCUACUUGGAGCUCACCGAUCUCACCCGCGAUGUCGCCACGGGCGUACGUUCCCAGGGGUGGAUAACAGCUCCCUUAAGUGAAGAGAUCUUUGAGGUGGGACAGGAUUGGCAGUGUGAACAGGAGCUCCCAGACAAGUACCUGGACCAGUUGGCCACAUGGGAUUUGAUCCAGGUCUUUCUGCCUCCUGAGCCCUGUGACUUGGAGGACCUUCCUCGUCUUCCAAGUUUCCGCACGCCGUAUGAACCGGAGGAGCCCAUUCAGUUCCCCAAGUUGGACUUGCCACCUGCGUCUGCUUUGCAGCUUCCAGAUGGAAAAAACGAUGGACUUCGCUCCAGCCAAUGGAGGCUGGAGAUGGAGGCCAUGGUCCCACACGAGCGACAAUCCAUGAUGGCUGAAUCGGAGUAUGGACCUGCUCCAACGUUGGAGUUUCCAGAGCCUCGACAAGCUGUUGAAGAGCAUGUCGUCCCGGCCUUGAAGCUUCCACUUCCGCCACCACCUCCACCUCCGCCUAUACUUUCGCAUACUGACGUGUUUCAGGAGGCGGUGGAAUUGCCCCUGGGUGUCUCCAAUCUGCAGGUCAGUGGGUCGCAGGAGACAAUCUAUCCUCCGCCUCAGCCCGUGUUGACCGAGCACAGCAAUUUGGUUUUGGAGGACGAAUCUUUGCCACCUCCAAGCUGGUGUGGAUUGUGGAACCUCAAUUGCAAGGAGGGAAAGUGUGCUGCCGCCAAGAAGGAUGACAGUGACAAGUGUGUUCGUUGCCGAAAGGCGUUGGACUCCUUCAUGGACCACCAGUGCCCAAAGUGCUCGGCAUCUUUCUGUGUGAAGUGUGUGGCCAGGUUUCCUCUCAACUGGUUUCGCUGCAAAUGUGGUGACCAGGAAGCCAAUCAGGCAGUGCUUCGUAAAAAUCUGUGGAUGAUCAAAGCCUAUCAUACCACCUACCAGGCGUUCAAUUCCUUGGGGGCCUCAUUGUCCUCGCUAUCGUCAUGGAUGCCUUGUAAAAACCAAGAGACUGCGCAGUCUCUGAAAGACUCCACCAUCACGCAGCUUCAUGGAGGUCAGAUGCCUCCAGAUAUGGUGGUGCCAGGAGACAGGACCCGCCUUCCCAUAUCCUUCGCGGGUCAGGAUGAGGUCCAGAUACCAAUGCCAAAGCGAAAGAAGGCCUACCGGCCAGGCAACAUGCCUCUGCCGCCACCUCCACCUCCGCCGCCACAUGGACCGUCCGAGUUGCCCCACCUCUUGGGUCGCCAUACGGCUGGGAUUAUCCCCAUGAAUUACUACGAGACGGAUCCUUUCCAGACUCGCCUUCCCGGGGAGAUGUCAGAGUGA